AUGUCGACCCUCCACCCGGCCGCCGACAUGGAGGAGGUCGAGGACGAGCUCAUCUUCCAACAAACACUUCUGGACACACUGGAUCCCGCCGACAGCAGCAGCAACGAGCGCAGACAAGAGGUGGAACUGUCCAUCAUGGAUCUCGAGAGGCGCAUGGCUGCCUUCAACAAUGCCGCUCCCGCUUCGUCACAACCAGAGGGCCAUCCCUCAUACAAUGCGCCCGGCGCAUAUCCUCAGUCUGACGCCAGCGACAUGGACCAAGACUUCCCAACAUUCGACGCCUCGCUCGCUCAGCCCAGUCCGAGCAGGAACGCACAGCUCAAGAGGGCACGCGAUCAAACAUCGCCUCCGGCCAGCUUCGACAGGAGCAAGAGACCUGCGCCUAGCCCCAUGGGUCCGCCGAGUCAGCGACCACUCAGCCAGGAUCGCCGCACCGCCUACUUGGAGAGACAGCGCCAGAUCGAAGCCGCCGCCCGCCAAAGAAGAGAGUCUGUGGCUGCCGACGCCGACUUUGCCUCGAGACUAAGCCAGCAGCCCUCUUCCUCGCCCAUCGCCGGCCCAUCGCGCAACAACCUGUACUCGCAGCCCGACAUGUCGCCCAGUAAGAUGGCCCCAGUCUUCAGGCCCCCAGGCUACAGGCCCAAUUCUUCUUCGCAACCGCAAGCUCCUGCUCCGUAUCCCGACGCAGCUGCACCUCGUGUCAAGCCUGAAGUUCACUCGAGCCCGGGAUAUGGCUACUCUGCUAGACCCGUCAAGCCCGAACCAUCUCACCAUGCUACCCCGUCGACCAGCCGCUAUGGUGCUCUCCAUCCCCAGGUCAUAGACUUGACCGGAGAUGAUGAACCCGAGGCUCAACAACUUCAGAUCCAACGACUCAAGUCCAAUCCUGCCGAGGAACUGCGACGUCGCCACCUCUGGGAACAGAACAAUGCUGUCAGCCCACAACACAAGCACGAGAUCAUGAUGCGUCAGCAACAGGAAAUUGCUUUUCAUCGCCAGCAAGAGAACACCCGCCAGGCACAGGUGGCUAUGCAAGGCUCCCGAGAUCCGACUCGUGACAUGCUCGACCAGGCUAACCGCCGCCGUCUCGAGCAAUGGCAACAGCACGUCGCUGCCAUCCAGAGGUUCAAUUCUCAGAACCCACACCAGCCCCGUCCUCUUCCAAACCACGUACCUUACGCUCAGCAAUCUCCAUCCUUCAUGCGCUCGUCCCAGCAGCCUGUACCACGUGCCGCUCAUGACGAUCUUGCUCAGUUAGGCGGCCUCAUCAAUGGACGUGGCAGACACACCAACUUCGGAUCGGAUGAUGAUGAUGAUCUACAGUUCCUACGUUCCACGACGAUUCAGCCUCCAAGCUGGGAAAUCUACGAUCCCGACAGCGCCGAUACCAAGGAGGAACUCCGUAAACUGAUGGAAAACAUUCAACCUGACGACGCUUCCAAGAUAGCCAACGAAGAGGAUGUACCAGUUGAGGGACUCACCAUCAAGCUCAAGCCUUAUCAAUACGCCGGCCUUGAGUGGCUCCAGAAAAUGGAGAACGGCUCGAACAAAGGUGGUAUCUUGGCAGACGAUAUGGGCCUGGGUAAAACUGUCCAGGCCAUCUCACUGAUGGUCACCAACCGCUCGGAGGACCCCUUGAACAAGACGACUCUCAUCCUUGCACCUGUUGCUCUUCUACGUCAGUGGGAACAGGAAAUCAUGACGAAAGACUUGCGCGACUUUGAUGUUGUUCUGACUACUUUCGGUACUAUUGCUGCUGAACUGAAGAAGAUCGAAAAGUAUGAGAUGCGCAAGAAAGCAGACCCAAUGGCUCAGCCCAGAGACGACGAAAAAUGCAUGUUUAUUGGACCGGACUGUAAGUGGUACAGAAUCAUUGUCGACGAAGCACAAUGUAUCAAGAACAAGACCACCAAGACUGCUAGAGCUGCCUUUUAUCUCCAAGCUCGAUCUCGCUUCUGCAUGACAGGAACCCCUAUGAUGAAUAGUGUUGAGGAACUCUACUCUCUAAUCCACUUCCUACGCAUCAGACCAUACAACAACUGGAACACUUUCAGGACUGAUUUCAACCAGCCGUUGAAGGGCACCAACGAGACCGCCCGUCAGAUGGCUAUGCACAAGCUGCAAGCGUUGCUGAAGGCCAUCCUUCUUCGUCGCAACAAAAAGACUGAGAUCAACGGUCGUCCAAUUCUCAACCUGCCAGAACGACGAGUCGAAGAAACCAACCCCGACUUCAGUGAGGAUGAGCGCAACAUCUACGUUGCCCUUGAAACUAGUUCCGCGGUCAAGUUCAACAAGUAUCUCAAGGCUGGUACAGUCAGCAACUCCUACAUGCAGAUUCUGGUUCUCCUACUUCGUCUCCGCCAAGCCUGUUGCCAUCCCAACCUCAUCAAGGAUCUUGGUAUCGUUGCUGCGACUGCCGAGAUUACGCAAGAGACCAUGGACGAAAUAUGCAGGAACCUCGAUCCAAAUGUCAUCACUCGCAUCAAGGAAGCAAAUGGCAUAUUCGAGUGUCCUGUAUGCUACGACGCCGUCGAAAAUCCUGCCAUCUUCACACCUUGCGGCCACGACACAUGUCCAGACUGCUUCUCGAGAAUUGCCGAUCCUUCCAAUGCGCUUGCUGAAGGAGAUGAAGGACGAACCGCCAAGUGCCCCGAAUGUCGUGGUCCUAUCAACACGAAGAAGGUCAUCGACUACGAGUGUUUCAAGCGCAUUCACAUUCCCGAAGAAGUCGCUCCUGAUGAGAUGGUCGAUAUCAAGACUGACGCAGACGGUGACGACAUGGCCGCUGUUGACACUGACGACGACUCCGAGGAUGAAGAAGAAGAUGACGAUGAUGAGACUGAUUCUCUUGAUGGCUUUAUUGUCGAAGAUGGCGCUGAAGAAGAGGACAAUGAGGAAGCAGCAGAGCGCAGGCAGAAGGCUGCUCUGAAGAAGCCGCAAAAGAAGUCCAAGUCAAAGAUGAGCAACAAAGCCAAAGGAAAGAUGAAGGAGUCGAGCAGUUCCGACAAGAAGAAGAAGGCGGCUACGAUGACAAUUCCUGAACUGAAGAAGAUGGCGACCAGAAAGCCUGGAUGGCGAAAGAUCUACCUUCGCAUGCUGAAGAAAGACUUUAAGCCUUCAUCCAAGAUUGAACGUACCAUGGAGAUACUGGAUGGCAUCAUGACAGCACUCGAGGGUGAGAAGAUCAUCAUUUUCUCCCAGUGGACUUCUCUACUCGACUUGCUCGAAGUACCCGUGUCUGGGAAGGGCUGGGGCUAUCGCCGCUAUGAUGGAAGCAUGAACGCCAAACUCCGUGCCGACGCUGUGGACGACUUCAAAAACAAGCCCAAUGUCCGCAUGAUGCUGGUCUCACUCAAAGCCGGCAAUGCAGGUUUGAACCUCAACAUCGCUUCUCAGGUGGUCAUUAUGGAUCCGUUCUGGAACCCGUACAUUGAGGAACAGGCCAUCGACCGCGCUCACCGUCUCGGACAAACCAGACCUGUUAUGGUGCACCGUGUAUUGAUCAAAGAGACCGAAUUGGCGUAUCUCUUCGGUAUUAGUAGGAACGUCAACGAUGCGCUCCCCGCCGCUGGCCCGAGGGCUAGAGUCCGUCAGGGCGGUGCUGGUGGUAUGGGUGCUUGA